GUCACUAUCUGUUGAAGUUUGUCCAAGCUUUCCUCAACACAGACUUUCACGAUUACCUGCGUUAUUUGCCUGCUAAAAGAUUUCUCUUUUGCUCAUGAAUUAUAUUUAUAAGUCCUCACCAGCGUGUUGUGGUUUCUCAUAUGAGGAAAGCAAUGAGAAUUCGGUCAAGUUCGCCUCCUAUUCAUGUGCAUGUUGAUGAUGCGACACCCGUCCAUGUUCACGUGAAGAGCAAGAGGACCAGUCCUACCAGGACACCACAGAGCAAGGCCAAAGCCGACAGAGGAAUCCUUCAUCCCUCAGCCAAGGUCAAAACUCGAGUGCCAUGGAUACCCCCAGGAAAGGCCUCCAUACGGGACGCCACACACAUGUGGGAGGGCCAUCACACCGCCUUGAGAUCUCACUGCCGCACCCUGAACCUGAACCUGAACCUGAACAUUCCCAGUCUGCGCUGCGAUUGGCUGACCUCACAUCAGAGGAAGAGGAGGGUCUGCACGGGAGAAUCAGCCAGUAUGAGAAGAAGAUCGACAGCUUGAUGACUGAAGUCAGCUCUCUGAAGAACGAGGUGGAGCUGCGGAAGAAGGAGCAGCUGCUGGAGCGACAGUCGGAGCAGCUGAGCGUCUCCCAGCGGGUGAUCGCCGAACAGGAGGAGGAGCUGGUGGAGGUGACGAAGGAGCUGGAAGAGACGGAGCGAGAGAACACUCGACUACGUCACUCCAUGGAGAAGAUGAUGGAGGAGGGCGACUACAGCAGAUUAGACAGAGACGGAGUGAUCAAAGAUAAAGACACUCUGCUCAGGAAGCUGAUGGAGGCCGAGGUGGACGGGACGGCAGCUGCAAAACAAGUUUCCGAGCUGCGAGAGUCGGUCUCCAAACUGUGCCGAGGGAGCGGCGAUCAGAAGAAACUCUCCGGAUCUGAGUCUUCGAUCUUGGCUCGUCAAAAGGAUUUGCUGCUGCAGAAACUGGAGACGUUUGAGGCCACAAACCGAACACUGCGACACCUUCUCAGAGAGCAGCACGGCUCACAGAUGGAGACGGUUCGUUUGUCAGAGCAGAAAGAAGCUUUACUGAAGACACUGGCCGACACAGAGGCAGAACAUGCACAUCUUGUGGUGAAACUUCAAGAGAAAGACAGAGAGCUCAAUCAGCUCUGCAAACUCCUCGACUCUGAGAAGGAAAACGCAAAGAGCACGUCUGAGCUGUCGAAGAGUCUGGAGUCGACAAGAGCUCAUUUACAAGGACAGCUCCGGAGUAAAGAGGCUGAAAACAACCGGCUCUCUGUGCAGAUAAAGAAUCUGGAGCGAGCAGCCAAUCAGCAGAAGGCGGAGCUGGAGCGUCUGAAGGAGCAGCUGGAGAGGAUGAAGCAGCAGGCGAGUUCAGACAGAGAGGCUCUGAAACGAGCCACCAGAGCUCAGAAACAGAGAGCGGAGCGCAGUGAGGGCACCGCAGGCCAGCUCAGCGUCCAGCUACUGAACUUGGAGCAACAGGUGACCGAAGCGCUGAAUGCAGCGGAGAGCUGGCAGAGUCGACAUGCACAAGAAGUGAGAGAAAAGAGUAAACUGGAGAUCGAGGUUUCAUUGAUGAAAAGCUGCGGUGUGAUGUGUUGCAGCCGUGUAGCGGAGCUGACGGAGCAGCUGCAGAGCUCGGAGGAGAAGAGUCGAGUGGAGAGAGAAGCUCUGCUGGAUCACCUGCACGCUCUGACCACAGAGGGCUCCGCAGCCAAACUGGAGAAGCAGACCCUCAAGGCAACAGCGUCGACAGUGGAGGAGAAGCUGGCCUUGUCACAGUCUGAGCUCCAGCAGGUCAAAGCUUCCAUCCAGCAGUAUGAGAGCCUGGUGGACAGCUAUAAGAUCCAGGUUGGAAAUACGCGCGCUGAGGCAGAUGAGUACCGUGCCCGGCUGGCUCAGGCGGAGCAGGAGGCGCAGGCGGUGCGGGCGGAGUUGGAGAAGGAGGUCGAGGAGGUGCGCAGGCAGCUGCUUGGUCGGCUAACGGAGCUGGAGCCUCUCCCUGAAGCUUUAAGACGCUCCAAAGUGCAGCUGCAGGAGGCUCAGGAGAGGGAGCGCAGCCAAGAGAGACGCAGCAAGGAGCUCAGCACGACACUGACGGAUCUCCGCAUGAAGGUGGAGACUCAGAGCAGCCAGAUGGAGCUUCUCAGACAGAAGAACAAGCUGCUGAUGGAGGAGAACAGACAGCUGCAGCACAGAGUCGACAGCUUGGAAAGGAAGCUGGAGGAGGCUGGCAGUCAGAACAGCGACCUGCUGGCGGUCGUAACCAAACGUGAAGACACCAUCCACAGCAACCAGCUCCGCCUGGAGGACAAAUCACGGGAAUGUUCGCUGCUGAGCCGAAAGCUGGAGGAGGCUCUGGAGGAUGCUCGACAACAGAUGUCAGUGACCAGAGAACGAGCUGCCACCAAAGAGCGCUCCACUCAGUCUAAGAUCCUGGACCUGGAGACACAACUGAGCAGGACAACCUCCGAAAUCAACCAACUGCAGCGCAGCAAAGAGGAGGUGGAGCGGCGGUACCAGAGCAGAUUACAGGACGUGAAGGAUCGACUGGAGCAGUCGGACAGCACCAACCGGAGCCUGCAGAAUUACGUGCAGUUCCUCAAAGCCUCGUAUGCUAACGUGUUUGGAGAUGUAGCUCUGAGCAGCUCACUGCGAGCCCCCUCGCCCAUCUGAGAGUCAGACUGUACGACUGUAUUAUUACAUGCACACAUUCCCAAACAGUACCGUCACAGCCCAAUGUUUGUCAGGAGGAUGGUUGCUUUUUUCAUACAUGUGUGAAGAGCAGCAUCGCUAUUAGCUGAGAGAACGGAAGACUUGUUUUAGUAAAGAUUUGUUUAGAACGGAUUUAUAGCAUAUGCCUUUUAAUCAAAAAGUUUUAUAGACAUGGAAAUCCUUUGUAAUCAAAAAGCUCUUAAAUGUAGAGUUCAAAUAUGUUUGCCCAAUUAUGUUAACAUGGUGCCUCAUCACACCAGCUUUGCUUUUUAACACUACACAAAACAACUAGAGAAUAUUGCUGCAACAGUGGGUGAUUUUAAAGGUCACAUAUUCUGUAAAAUCCACUUCACCAUGUUUUUCUAACACUAAUAUGUGUCUCUAGUCC